AUGGCCCCUCUCAAGCUGUACACGUUCUCGCACAACAGAAAUGCCUACAAGGCGUUGAUCGCGGCCGAGUAUACCGGGACCAAGGUCGAGGUCCCCGCGUUCGAGUUCGGCAAGACCAACAAGUCCAAGGAGUUCCUCGCCUGGAACCCCAUCGGCAAGGUGCCAGUCCUGCAGACCCCCGACGGUCCCAUCUUCGAGAGCAACGCCAUUGCCAAAUACGUCGCCAAGUCAUCCGAUAAAGGACUCACGGGCACCUCGGUCUAUGAAACGGCGUUGGUCGACCAAUGGAUCGACUUCACAACCAACGAGAUCGACGCGCACCUCUGGAGGUGGUUCGCCCCCUACUACGGCUACGGCACCAAGAAUCAGGAGGUGGAGGACAAGGCCAAGGAGGCGUGCAAACGCGGCCUCGCGUCUCUCAACUCGCACCUGGAGUCGAACACCUACCUCGUCGGUAACCGGGUUACCCUCGCCGACAUCGUCGCCGUUUCGCAGCUGUGGACCGGGUACAUCACGAUGUUUACCCCCGAGUUUAUGAAGGAGUUUCCCCAUGUGGACCGGUUCUGGAACACGCUGAUCAACCAGCCCAAGGUCAAGAAGGUCAUCGGGGAGGUGCAGCAGGCGCAGGCGCAGCCCACGGGGGUGACCACGUGGAUGGAAGGUCCAAUUGGGAAGCUCCAGGCCGCUGCUGCUCCCAAGUCCGCCCCUGCCGCUGCCGCCAAGCCCGCGGCUGCUGCCGCGGACGGCGAGGAGGCGGAGGCGCCGAAGCCCAAGGCGAAGAACCCGCUGGACCUGCUGCCGCCCAGCCCCAUGGUGAUGGACACGUGGAAGCGGCUCUACUCCAACACCAAGGCCAAGGACUUCCGUGAAGUCGCCAUCAAGGGCUUCUGGGACAUGUAUGACCCCGAGGGCUACUCGCUGUGGUUCUGCGACUACAAGUACAACGAGGAGAACACGGUGCGGUUCGUGACGCUGAACAAGGUGUCGGGCUUCCUGCAGCGCAUGGACCUCGCGCGCAAGUACGCCUUCGCCAAGAUGUGCAUCCUGGGCCCGGACGCCGGUCCCUUUGUGAUCAAGGGCGUGUGGCUCUUCCGCGGCGCCGACGUGCCGCAGUUUGUCAUGGACGAGUGCUACGACUGCGAGCUCUAUGAGUGGACCAAGGUCGACCUGUCUGAUGAAGCCCAGAAGGAGCGUGUGAGCCAAUACUUUGAGGAGCCCGAUGAAAUUGACGGGCUUGUGCUGCAGGAGGCCAAGGAGCAGCAGGUGUGGGACUGGCUGGUGGACACAGGCAUGGGUGAAGCAACAACUGCUGCUACCACACCCAUCGCCCCUUCCUCCCUCCCAGCCCUCCCCCACCACCCCCACUCCCUCCUCUCCUCCUCACUCUCUCACUCACUCCAGCCUUCCCUGCCUCCCCCCCACGUCGCCUCGCUCGCGCAGUCGCUUCCCUUGCCCCUGGGAGGUCGGAGAAAGCAGGUGGAAACAAAGGAAGAGUUGCAACAGCUGCUAAUGAACCUAGAUGGUAAUAUGUCAGCAGCAGCAGCAGCUGUUUCUUUUGCUGGUGGUGGUUCUGAUGGGGAGGGAGUGGAUUCCCUCAUCCCCACCACUCCCACUCUCCCCCGCUCCUCCUCCCUAGGAGCCCCUACCUCUCCUCUCCCCUCCUCCUCCUUCUCCCCCGCUUCCCGCUUGCGGUCGUCCCCACCACCGUUCUCCACCGCUUCCCACCGGCACACACACACUGACACCACUGCACCGUUCUUAACCACCCCUCACCGUUACACCCUCCCGUCUUCUCUCUCCACACCUCCUCCCUCCACAGGUCAACCAAACGUCUACAAUCCCUCCUUCACCUUCCCUCGCUCCUCCCUUCCCUUUGACACAGUCACAUCGAAUGGAGUCACAUUUGAAAACGCCCCAUCCUCACCUCUUUUAGUCCAUCCUAGGUUAACCCCUAGUCCCUCUCGAGCCGCCAUAGUGGGGAAAAAGGGAGAGGUGGAGAGAUUAAAGCCCAUGUUGCCCGAAGAGGAGGAGGAGGGCUUUAAGAGCCUGGGGGUGCUGCAGUGGAGGGACACGUGGCGCGACGGGAUUCGCCAGUGGUUCUCGCAGCACUUGCUGAAGGCUCUGGUCAAGAAGAUUGAGGCGGCGCCAAGCAAGGUGCGGUGCGGUGGGGAUGGGUGGAGGUUGGUGAAUGUGAGUGAACGUGGAUGGGAAUGGGUGAGGGUGGGUGGCGUGAGGAGGAAGGUGGGUGCAGGAGAGUUGGAAGGGAUUCGCCAGUCAUUUUCAGAGCACCUGCUGCUGGCGCUGGUUAAGAAGAUUGAGGCGGCGCCAAGCAAGACCAUGAGUUCUGGGUCCUUAUGUGGGCAGCUCAAUUUGGUCCAUGUUCGGCCUACACCAGCCAUGUUCCAAGUUACCCCCAUACUCCCCUACCUUUCUACUUCCUUACUUCCCAAUUUCCCCUCCUUCUCACCAGCGCCACCUGCAGGGUCCAUAUUCGGCCUGCACCAGCCUCAGCAGCAGCAACAACAGCAGCAGCUGGAGGCACAGAAGGAAGCUGCGAGGAACCUUCUGGCAGCCAUAGCGGACUAUGAGCAUCUUAUGGACGUCCUUAGAGGGCACUGGGCCAAGGGGCUGCUGCCACGUGGCAGCAUGCCAUUGGAGUACAGCACUCAACGGAUCAAAGCCCUAGCAGCUGGGUCCUGUUUGCGCUGCUUCCAAUGGUCAGCAGGAGGAAGCUUCCUAACACGGGACACCACCCGCAACCCCACCACCACCACCACCUCCUCCCCCGCCUCUGCCAUACCCAGCAGCACCACUGCUUCUGCCACCCCUACGCACCAUUCCCUCUUCUCCUUUCCCUCUGAAGCUCUUUCCCCUGCCCCAAGCUCGCCUGCUCCAUCAUCCCUCUCAUAUUUCUCCGCCUCUCAACCCUCCUCUGUUUCAUACUCGUUACAAGCUGCUCCAGAGGGAGUGUUCCUCGUGCCAUGGACUUCUGACCUCCCCACUGAUGCUCAUCUGCUUCUCUAUCUCUUCGCUGCACACCUGUCGCAUCCCCAUUGGCUGGACGAAUUCAUUCAAUCUCCCCUUCCACAGCAGCAACAACAGGUCUCCGCAGCUGCUGCUACAGUGCCAGCCACAGCUGCCAGCUUCGCCGCCCAAAAUCCCCUCGUCGUGGGCGGCUCUCUUCCCCGUGACCGCCUCUUGCCACUUUCGGCUUCUUCCUCCUCUCAGUCACCCUCCGCCCUUCCGGGCGGCAGGUUCACGGCCAUUGUGGGGUCAAUCCCACCAGCCAAUGCUAGGCUGCCACCUGGCGCAGACGUGGUUGUGAUAACAAGGGAUGCCCCUCCUGUUUUCGUCCUUUUCUGGGAAGGCCAGCUGUCCUUCUGUCUACAGGUGGCGUAA